AUGGAUGACCAAAAGCAAUUGUUUCUGUUCGCAUUUCCAGUUCCGAGUAAUGAGGAUCAUUUAAUCGAUCGUAUAAAAGAAGCAUCAAGUGCUCGGAAUCAGCAUGGUGCUGUAUCAACGGCAGCACUAGCAAACAUUGAUGCCGAUAGUAUUGCACAACUUGCCGUUGGCCCGAAUCAUGUGGCAUUUUUAUUCAGAUGUGGUCGUGUUGCUCGAUUGAAAUACACUUUAACAACUGCUACUAGAGAGGAAAACACCAGUGAUGACAAAAGCUCUGGUGCAACAAGUGGAGGUGGAGGUUCGGGAAGUGCCGGUAGUGGAGGCGGACCUACAACAGGUGCUAGUAGCGGUCCAUCUACUGGUACUGUAUUAAGUCGUGGUGCAAAAAUUAGACGGGUAAUGAUGGCAGCCAGACGGACGGCGGGUGCAUUGGGCGAACGUGCGGGUGUGAUUGUUGAUCGAAGUCGACCGCUUGUCCCUCUUAGUGCCAUUCCCGAGGAUCUCAUUGCUCAAGCCCAGGUUGUUUUACAAGGGAAGUCACGUGAAGUUAUUGUACGCGAGCUUCAGCGAACGAAUCUCAAUGUAAACGAAGCUGUAAAUAAUCUGCUCAGCCGUGAUGACGAAGAAGCGGAUGAAAUGGAUGAAGGUUCUGAAGCUUAUCUUCCUGAAGAGCUUCUGUCGUUGUUGGAUGCUGGAUUGCGAACUGAUGCACAUGGGAGUGCUGUAAUUGAUGGGGAUAAUUUAUAUGCAAGUGGCGAAGGUUUCGAUUAUGUUGUGGCAAGGGAUAUUGCUCGGAAACGAGUAGAUAAAGAUAAAAAGAAUGAUAAAACAAAAGAAUUUUCUGCAGAAACUUACACACGUUUAAAAUAUGAUGAAAAAUUGCAGUAUUGGGGUAAAGAAAUGGAUAUGUUUCCAACGGGUGUAACGAAGUUUGUGAAAAUAGCUGCUAUGAGUAGUGAAUUAAUCGCGUUAGGUGAUAAUGGAUUUUUCUACAGUUGGUCGUGGAGGAAUGAUGGGCACGGUUCAAUGACUGCACAUCCCUUUGGGACCAAACUUUUGAUUGGUGCACCAGAUGAGGAAAAAUUUAUAGAUGUAGUGUCAUGUGCAUAUCGCGCAUGUGUUGUAACAAGUAUGAAUAGGGUAGCAUCAUUUAUGGAUGGUGAUGCAUGUGGUAUGAAGAUAUCCAAUAUGUUGUUAACGCCGCUGAUGGAAAUACCGGAUGGCGAGAAAUAUGCAUCACUGUACGUGUGCCCGAUGUAUUGUCUGCUAAAAACUCAGUCGAAUACCUGUUACUGGUGGGGUAUUUAUCCAUUUAAUGAAAGACGAAAAUUAUGGGAGAGAAUGCGUUCAAAAUCACGUCGUAGUUCAAAUCUUGCAUCACCUGAAGUGGUUGAAGGUUGCGAAGUUCGGACGAAGUCGCAUCCUAUAUACACGACGGGUUCAAUUGCUUUGAAUUUCAGCUCUGGAACACCAAUGGUUGGUGCUUUAAUGGAAUCGGCUUGGACGCUGUCUGAAUUAUGUAGGUUUCGAGUAAUGACACCAGCACAGCACGAUGAGACCAGUGAUGAUGACGGUUCGUGCCUCAAUUCUUCUGCGCAUCAGUCGGCUGAUAAAAAAGGCUCCUUGAAUCAAUACGGUAAAAGACCGCGUGAGGAGCAGAAAGGAAGUACUUACCGGGAGACUGCAUGGGCCCUUAAUGAAGUAAUAUUCAUUCACAAAGAAACCUCGCAGGACACAGCCGUUGUUAAAAUUGUCGAUGGAGCUUACUGUGGAAUUAUAUAUAGACCGGUGGUCGCUUGUGAUGAUGGUGAUGCAGUCAGUCACAAUCAAGAUGCAUGCGAUUUGGGAAAAAUUCGUCUGAUGCGAAAAGACGAUCUUGUUGUUGUGACACCAAACAGUAAAAUACCUCGCUGUCCUGAGAAUUUUCAAAAACAUAUGCAAAAAGUACAGUUGCCGGGUGGUAUAUCAAUGAAAAAAAUGCAUUCUUUGACCAUAGAUAAUACUGGUUUACGGUUGUUGGUCGAAAAACGAGGACGGCUUCAUUUGGUUCGUGUCAGUGUAUUUGGUAAAAUACAAAGUGAUCAUGUUCUGCCAGUGAAUGUUUCAGCAGUAUGUAAUGCUGGAUCUCAUUUACCGCGCCUUGAGAAUUAUGGAGAUGAAAUGAUUAUGAUGAUAAGCGACAGUAACGGUUCGAUAAUACCAAUGAUGCGUGAUGCAACGGGAGGGUUUCGUGAACCGGUUUAUUGUGCCUUACCCAAAAUACAUAAUUUUGCAAUUGGUUUAAGGCCAUUGGAUUCUGGAGAUAAUGAAAAUGCUUCAGCAACUGCCAAUGACGAUUCGUCAUCUACAUCACAGAAUGCAAAUCGCACUGGAGUUAUGGUAACUUUAAUUGCUCCGUCUCCUUCGACUAUUCGUCCGCGAAUACCAUCUUUGUUGCAAACUGUUCUAUAUUGCGACCUGCAAGGCGUGGACUUAGUGCUUGAUGCACUUUCGAAAGAAUCAGACCGGGAGGUUGUAAAAGCCGAAAUCCUGAGCGCUCGCGCAGAUGGAAAUCGAACCAUUCUUCAUGCGGCAGUCAUGAACAGUUUUGCGACAACUAACAAGGAAGAGGCAGACACAAUGGAAAUUUCAGUUGAUACGGAAAAUAAGUCUUUGCAGCGUUUAACAGUUGCGGAUAUGUCAGCUGCUGAAGAAACCCGUACUGCAUUUGAUAGCCGUUGGCAACGUAUGUUGAGACGUCAUGGAGCCAAUGCAGAAGAAGAAAUGUUAAUACGAGAAUUAAUGGCAAAUAAUCCAUUACGAAGACCAGGUCAUGAUGUUGGUAAUAUGGAAGACGUAUUGGCAGAUUUUGCGAGAAGCUUGAAAGAUGCGAAAAAAUCAUCUGUUUUCAUGGAAGAUAUGAAAGAAGAAGCAUCGAUGCCGAUUAUUGUCAAUGCAAACAAUGAACCGAAGGUGCGACAGUGCAACUCGAUAGAAAUUGUGAAGACUCUUUGCUACAAUUCCACUGUGGCACCAUAUCUUCUCGAAUUAUUGACAACAAAAGAUAUUAAUGGACAUACGCCUUUCAUGUGUGCUGUUAACUAUAGAGCAUAUACGGCCGCUUUCAUCCUCUGGAUUGCUGCGGAAGAGUUGCAGAAAGAAGCGCAUAUAACUAGUGUUCAGGGUAAGAGGCAGUCAGCUGAUUCAAUUUUAAAUUCCAUCAUAUAUCCACUAGGAAGUAGGUUGGAUGAUUCGCCUUUAUUCAUGCUUUGUAUGAAUGAUACUUGUAGCUUCACGUGGACCGGCGAUGAGCACAUCAAUCAGGAUAUAUUUGAAUGUCGAACGUGUGGAUUAGUCGGCACACUCUGUUGCUGCACGGAAUGUGCGUAUACUUGCCAUCGCAAUCAUGAAUGCAGAAUUCGCAAUGAUCAGUGGAAUUUGAAGGUUUUUUUUGUGGGCAUAAUCUUUUCUUUAUUACAACGUCAACAACCUCCAACAGCCUAA